AUGCAAGAAUUCAGGUCACACUUGAUUUUUCCGAUAUUCCAAAAGGUUUACCAAUCUACGGCAAAUCGCCGCAGAGCAAGUGCAUCCGUGCUGACCAAUCGACUCGGCAAGGCUUUGUGCUUAAACUGCGCCAGGAUGUCGAAGUCGCCGGAUGGCGGGAUUUCCGAAAUAGAAACGGAGGAGGAGCCGGAAAAUCUGGCGAACUCCCUAGAUGAUUCGUGGCGUGGAGUUUCCAUGGAGGCUAUACAUCGUAAUCGGCAGCCUUUCGAAUUGGAGAAUUUGCCACCAGUGACUGCCGGCAAUCUCCACCGGGUUAUGUACCAGCUGCCAAUUCGUGAAACACCGCCACGCCCCUACAAAUCACCGGGAAAGUGGGACUCCGAGCAUGUGCGUCUGCCCUGUGCGCCCGAGUCGAAAUAUCCGAGGGAGAAUCCGGAUGGCAGCACCACCAUCGAUUUUCGCUGGGAAAUGAUCGAACGAGCCCUUCUGCAGCCCAUAAAGACGUGUGAGGAACUGCAGGCGGCGAUAAUAUCAUAUAAUACCACCUAUAGGGAUCAGUGGCACUUUCGUGCCCUUCAUCAACUUCUCGACGAGGAACUGGACGAGAGCGAAACACGGGUUUUCUUCGAGGAUCUAUUGCCGCGCAUUAUCCGAUUGGCAUUGCGGCUACCGGACUUGAUUCAAUCGCCAGUUCCGCUGCUCAAGCACCACAAGAACGCCUCAUUGAGCCUGAGCCAACAGCAGAUCUCCUGCCUGUUGGCCAAUGCCUUCCUGUGCACCUUUCCCCGGAGAAACACCCUCAAGAGGAAGUCCGAGUACAGCACUUUUCCAGACAUCAACUUUAACAGGCUUUACCAAUCGACGGGACCGGCAGUUCUGGAGAAGCUUAAAUGCAUUAUGCACUAUUUUCGUCGCGUGUGUCCCACAGAGCGGGAUGCCAGCAAUGUGCCCACCGGUGUGGUAACCUUUGUUCGUCGGAGCGGAUUGCCGGAACAUCUGAUCGACUGGAGCCAAAGUGCGGCGCCGUUGGGUGAUGUGCCAUUGCACGUGGAUGCCGAGGGAACAAUCGAGGAUGAGGGCAUUGGACUGCUGCAAGUAGACUUUGCCAACAAAUAUUUGGGUGGCGGUGUCUUGGGACAUGGCUGCGUUCAGGAGGAGAUACGCUUUGUUAUCUGUCCGGAGCUAUUGGUGGGUAAACUCUUUACGGAGUGUCUGCGACCAUUCGAGGCCCUGGUGAUGUUGGGCGCCGAAAGGUAUAGUAACUAUACGGGAUAUGCCGGAAGCUUCGAGUGGUCCGGCAACUUUGAGGAUUCAACGCCAAGAGAUAGCUCAGGUCGUCGACAAACGGCCAUUGUGGCAAUCGAUGCCCUACAUUUUGCCCAGUCACAUCAUCAAUAUCGCGAGGAUCUCAUGGAAAGGGAGCUGAACAAGGCGUACAUUGGAUUUGUUCACUGGAUGGUGACGCCGCCACCGGGUGUGGCAACUGGUAACUGGGGUUGCGGCGCAUUCGGCGGUGACUCCUAUCUGAAAGCCCUGCUGCAACUUAUGGUCUGCGCCCAGUUGGGCAGACCUUUGGCCUACUAUACCUUUGGAAAUGUGGAGUUUAGGGAUGAUUUUCAUGAAAUGUGGCUGUUGUUUCGAAAUGACGGGACUACGGUGCAGCAGCUUUGGAGUAUUUUAAGGUCGUACAGUAGGCUUAUUAAGGAGAAGAGCUCCAAGGAGCCGCGUGAGAAUAAGGCAUCCAAAAAGAAGCUAUAUGAUUUUAUUAAAGAGGAACUUAAGAAGGUCAGAGAUGUGCCCGGAGAGGGAGCAUCCGCCGAAGCUGGAAGCUCUAGAGUAGCUGGAUUAGGCGAAGGAAAAUCAGAAACAUCAGCGAAAUCCUCGCCAGAACUCAACAAGCAACCCGCCCGACCGCAAAUCACCAUAACGCAACAAAGUACCGAUCUAUUGCCCGCGCAAUUAUCGCAAGAUAACUCAAAUUCUUCGGAAGAUCAGGCCCUUCUUAUGCUGUCGGACGAUGAGGAGGCCAAUGCCAUGAUGGAGGCCGCUAGUCUGGAGGCUAAAAGCAGCGUAGAAAUAAGCAACAGCAGCACAACGUCCAAAACGAGCAGUACAGCCACGAAAUCAAUGGGUUCAGGUGGCCGCCAGUUGAGCCUGCUCGAGAUGCUGGACACCCAUUAUGAAAAGGGUUCGGCCUCGAAGAGGCCACGAAAAUCACCCAACUGCAGCAAGGCUGAGGGUUCAGCAAAGAGUCGUAAGGAGAUCGAUGUGACCGACAAGGACGAAAAGGACGAUAUUGUUGACUAGGUGAUAUUGCACUACAGGAUUGUUACUGCCCCCAAAAUUGAAGAGGUAUAAAAUGUAUUGUAGAUAACUUUAAGGACAUAUUUAGGGCAUUUUAAAGUAGGAUCAUUGUAAGUCGAAUAAAGUGAAAUUUUUUUUUUUUUUUUAAUUAUACUAUUCUAAUCUGCAAAGACAAUUUUACUGUUAAAUUUGUAUAACAUUGAUUGAUUAAUAUAAUUUGUUAUAUCAUGCAAAUCUAGCUUUUAUUAUGCGAAAUUUGUAGUUAAAGCCAGUAAAGUUUCUUUUUAUUUAACCG